GUGCCUUUUUUCCCAGCACCCCCAGGUGCCCCUUUGUUUCGCCUUCCUAUUUUAAAUGACCACCUAGACCGGGAGCGUAAAAUCGCGUCAGUCUACCUCAGUGUAUCUCUUACGCGGAUGUUCAAUCGAGCUGGCCCCUGCUUCUUUUUCACACACACAGCCUGCGGAUGUUUAUCUCUCUUGUUCCCGCUCAUCUUUUCGAUGGCGUUCUAUGGUCGUCACAGCAUUCUCAUCGCGUAGAAAAACCUAUAAAACGACCCUCUUCCCCUUUCUCUGUUGCCGCACUUUGUCUCUUGCGCUCCUCCCCAGCCUUAUAACCCCAGCCAACCACACUAUCCAUCCUCUACCGUAAUGGACUCAGACUGGUGUCUUUUCUGCGAGAAGCAUGUCGACGACCUUGGUGCACUUUAUUGCUCUAAAGAGUGCGCCAGAAUGGACAAGACGAUGGCUAUCUCAAACAGGCAGAGCUCCUCUCCCUCGGUCUCCAGCCCAUUGCUCAAUCUGAAGCGCUCCUCCCGACAGUCUACGACGGUCACCUACCCGUCCAUGUUUCGUGUCUCAACCCUCUUUCCAGCCUCGACCUCAAGCCGCGGCGGUAUCGCCAAAGGCCCUACAUAUUCACCCAUUCCAGCUACACCGGCCGGUAUCCGAUCUGCCCCAUUGAACCGCACUACGACCCGUCGCCAGCCCUUCGUUUUGCAGGGCUAGAUUUCUUCAAUCUCCCCUUUGUCAAUUCACCCAUACAUGCCAAGCACUUAUGGCUAUAGCGCUCGACGGACUCUGUUGUUCCAGCCUCUCCAUGUUGUCGCCUACAUGCACAAAUGCGUAUUUGCUUGUACUUUUCAUCCAAUUAAGACAUAUAUCAAAUCCACUUUGUUGUUCGAUUACGACCGUGGAUCUGUGCAGCUUAAGCAUACUGCUCUCCUUUCUUAAACCUAUACAUCUCCCCAUCGUUUACUUUGGUCAUGUAGUUUUCUCUGUUUCCGAUUGCAUACUGGCAUGCUGCUUCCUUUGCAAGCAGCCCGGAAGGACUGUAAUCCCGGACCUUUUUUUCGUCAUGUACACGAUGUCUUUUCUUGCACACAAAAAAUGCACACUCCUUCCAUAUGAUGAUUGUCGAGACGUUAUAAAACUCC